AUGGUGCCUUCGGUCUCAGUAUUGAAUCCACCCGAAAAUAGACCUCCAGAUGCUGUGGCUUUACGGCUUAACCUGGAGGUUCUUGCAUCGCUUCGAAAGCUUCAACAGCAGGGCGUGGUGCCUAAGUUGGUGGUGAAAAAUGGCCACUUUCUGAUCAAGGUGAACGAUUCGCUUGUGUACCCUUGUUCCUCGAGUAACGAGCUGCUUCGGUUCGAUAUCUACCAUCCGCUGGACUCUCGCAACUACGAUUUUGCUGGAACCGUCACUGAACGUCUCAAUGUGCUCACGGAUCCUCGCCAGAUCAAGGACCAUAUGAAAGCACCUGUGGUCCAGCCACUGAAGCUGCCGCCGCUGCUGCUGCUUCCUGAAAAGCCGUCUUUUGACCAUGCCAAAAAGUCCUCUCUCCAUGAACAUAACCUCUACACUGUGGCUUCAGACUCUAAGGCAGAGGCCACAGCCAAAUUCCUAGCAUUGGUCGCCUUGGGACCCAUCACCAAGAAAGACGUUGAACAUCGUGUCAACAGCUCGCAUAAGGUCUCUCAUGCUGAUAUGACUCUGCUUUUCCAGACUCACACGCAGAUCUACAGGCCAAACUCGACUUUCACUGAGUCCGAUACCUACCCCAGUGUGGCAUUGGGCCUCACCGAUAUCGACCCCCAGCAUAGUGACGACUACGUCAUCCUUAAGGACAAGGCAUACAAGGAGUUGCGCCCAUGGCAGUGCCCAUUUACGAAGUACGAGCGGGCACUCGUCAUUGAGAACACUCAUCACGCUUUGAGCAGACUAGGGUAUCUGGAUACCCAUCCGCUCCGGCGCCGCAUCACGGAGAAGUCUCUGGACGACGAGACGAAGAAACAUGCCGCUUUGGGCGGUGGUCUUCUCACAUCUAAGGACUCCAAGACCCCUGGCUCUCCGUUUAACAUUUCCCCUAACAAGAGGUCUGCUUCGCCUCGUGUGGAACAAGAAAGUAAGAGGAAGAAGCAAAAGAAUGACGAAUCGCCAUUGAAGAACAUUCUGGAUACGAAAGACCAGAAGAAGUUUGUUGUGUCGCUGUCGCUGUCAUCGUCUUCUGAAGAUGAAAGACAAUCCAAGAAGCCUAAAAAGGAAGGUAAGCGGAGCAACAGCAGUGGGAGUAACCAUAGCGUUUUCAGUAACGCCACGUCUUACACUCUGCCAUCGCUGAUCAACGAAGAGCAUAACGAUGACAAUGAGCACAGCGAAGACGACAUGAAGCUUCUGAGCUUGCCCAGAGCUUCGCCAGCAUUACCGUCGAAACCAGCGCCUACAAGCAGUGACAAGAGGCAACAAUACUAUAAGCAGUUGGCGGACAAUUUCUACACAAAGUACCUGGAGUACAAACAAUUGCAUGAUAACUUGCUCAAGGACCACAAGCUGGGCACGGCACAAGAGAAGAAGCGCCGGGUGUUGAAGCUAUUUGAAAUGCACAAUCUUCUUGCCGGCUGGAAGCGCAAACUCUGGGACUACCACAAUGAGAGUAACAUGGCUCAAGGCAUUAUGCAUUUGUCUCGACACAAGAAGACCAAUAGUGGCAGUCAUGGCACCAUUCUGGCUCCUUCAACCAGCCAAUUGCUGAGCCAGGACCGUUUCCAGCGUUCUGGCACCGCCAGUCCCUCUGUUAACUAUGCCGACAGAUUUGCACCCGGCAAGCAAGCUGGCAAACGGACCCUUGAGCAACGCUCUCCACGUCCCAAAGUCGCCUUGGACUACUAA